GAGUUGGCUUCGGGGAAGAGGGAAAGGGAAAUCCUAAGUGUCAGCCGGGGCCAAAUCUCACCGCAGGAGCGCGCGUCUCCGGGACCGGAAGUCCCCCCAGGCGGAAGCAGCGGCCGAGUCACGUGUCGCCGAACAUGGCACCGGGGCGAGGGCUGCGGAGGCUGUACUAAACACGGACGUGGAGAACCGUGAGGCACUAGCUGCUAGGAGCAUAGCACCAGAUAUACCUAUUUAAAAAAAAAAUUUUAAGGCUCAAGAUGGAAAAUCAAAAAGAUGCUACUACCAAGAAUUAUUCAGUUUUUGAAAUCAUAUCCAGAAAAAUUAGCCAACUUCCAGAACCAGAAAGGAAUCUACUUGAGUAUGGAUCAACAUACAUUGGACUUAAUGCUGCUCUCUGUGGCCUAAUAGCAAACAGUCUUUUUCGGCGCAUCCUGCAUGUGACAGAGGCUCGAAUAGCUGCUAGCUUACCAAUGGCAGUAAUCCCAUUUUUGACAACAACUGUAUCUUAUCAAAGUUUUGUAAGUUUGCCUUUGAGUACAGGUGAGUUGAAUUGUGAAACCUGUACCAUGACACGGAGUGGACUAGUUGGCUUGGUUAUGGGUGGCCUAUACCCUGUUCUUUUGGCUAUACCUCUGAACGGUGGCCUUGCAGCCAGGUAUGGAUCAACCCCAUUGCCGGACAAAGGAAACAUCUUAAAUUACUGGAUUAGAGUUUCUAAGCCAGUCUUUAGAAAGAUGUUAUUCCCUAUUUUACUUCAGACUGUGCUGGCAGCUUAUCUUGGAUCUAGACAGUAUAAACUACUUGUAAAGGCCCUUCAGUUACCUGAACCUGGCCUCGAAACUCACUGAUUAUAAGCACUUGUACAUACAAAAAAAUAAAAAAUGGUAAAAAUGAUAAUUAACUCCUAUA